UUUUACGAAACGCUCCUCCCGGUUCAGAGAUGGCGCUUAUGCAAGCGCUACGAUGAUCGAUGAUUUUCGAAAGGACGCGUGAAAAGAAGAGAGCACACAGUUCGUCGAAUUCAGAUUUCAUUUGUCCGAGCAUGGCAGAUGACAAAAAAGUGACAAAGUCGACAGAUGAUACAAAAAGCAACAAGCCAAGAACAAAAACUCCAGUUUUAAGCGAAAAGAAAAAAGAAAAGUCAGUUUGCGAAAACAACAGAGAUAGGAAGUCCAUAUCAUCACCUAACGGCAAAGCAGCUUCUGAUUCUGAAGAUGAGAUAUCGUUAGAAACCCCAGAUGGUUGCGAAGAAAAUUCUAAAAACAACAAUUCCAAGUCACUUAUCGAAUUUACCAAAGGACUUCGUAUCGAAGUGAAAUAUUUGCCUACUGACUCCUGGUACGAUGCCAAAGUGGUUGACGUCGAGGGAACAGAAGUGCUCAUUCAUUACAUAAAUUGGGCUGUUAGACACGACGAGUGGAUUUCUAUGGAUAGCAACAGAAUACGGGCGCUCAGUGAAAACAAUAAACCUCCUGCGGUUGUAGCUCCAGUUCCAAUGCGCAAAAGAGGAAGAACGGCGCCAGGUGUGAAAAACAAAGCGCCUUCAGUUGCUGCUGAGCCGCCAGUGAUGGAAAAGGAGGAGGACAGUGUUUCUUACACCGAGGGCGAGCGUGUGAAGGCUAUUUGGACGGACUCAAGGAAGUAUCCAGCUAAAAUAAUCGGCGUCCUUGAAAAUGAUAUGUACAAAGUUGUUUUUAAUGACGGCGUGGAAAAAAUACUAGGAAAGAGUAAAAUUUCCAAAAGCAAGCCCACGGACAUCUCGCAAUAUUCCCCUUCUGCCCCGCUUCCUGCUCCUCAAAACCAGGAAACUCCAGUGGGGGAAGACCUCGAGAGCAAAGAAAGUAGACGGCAGCGGAAGAGGAAAUUAAAUGUGUUGGAGCUGUUCAGAAAAAAGUCAUGUACACCCAAGUCAACUCCUGAGAGCCCAGCCCCAGUUCCUGCUAAAAGACUGAAAAUAGAGGCGCCGGAAGAGCCAAAGCUCACGUCACCAACAACAUCGGAGGCGCCAGUUCAGAAAAGGGGCCGAGGUCGACCUCCUAGAAAGUCGGCUGAGGCGUCGGAGUUGAAGGACAGCAUCAAGGAAGAGCCAUUGGAUGGUGAUUUCUCUGCAGACAUUAAGAGCGAAUUCUGCUCGGACACUAGUGUGGUUGGAAGUACUUCUGUAUUGUUAACCAAAAAGGAAGAGAACUCUCAGCCAUCUGUGUCGGAAUCUAAAAAAGUUCCUCUUGCUGCGACUCCUGUGAAUGAACGCCAGUUGGAAAUUCCCGAAGUGCAGAACGAGAUAAUAAUUGGUAGUUUAAAAAUAGAAAGGGAUGGAGACAACUUAAAAUGUCCUAAACAAGGCUGUGGCAAACUUUUGCGAAAAGAAACAUUAAUUAUGAUGCACAUCAAACACUACCACCCAGAGCUCAAAGAGCAGAUGGACGUGGUUCCACAGGUUUUGGACUAUGCGUAUGCACGCUACAUCAACGACCUCCCAUCAACGGCAUCCAUGAUCAGAAAUUUCACAAAUCCCCCUGCUUCAAGUGCACCUUCCACCCCCAAUGUAGGCCCAAAGAAGAAGCCAGCUAAGAGCCUGGUAAAAUCGGUCGUGGAAACGAUUAAAUCUGAAGAGCCCAUCUUGACUCCGAUCGUUCCAUCGCUCACACCGAGGAUACAGCUGGGCAAAUCUAGCUCAAAAUCUACAUCAAAAUCUGGACUCAAAGUCAAAACUAUGUUGCCGGUAAGAAAACCCGUUUCUGCAAAGCCAUCGGAAGCAAAAGAAAAGGCAGAGCCGAGAAAGAGUUUAGAAAUGCCCGUACUUAAGAAGGCUCUAAUGACACCUCCGAUGAACUCUUCAACGCCCAUCAAGAGCGCUGAAGGUGUUGUCAAAGAUGAAAAACCAAAACAGUCGCCUCUGAAACGAGCAGCUUCACCACCACCAAAAAAGUCACCCCGCAAGUCGCCUAGAAAGGACCAGUUGAUUGAGGACGGCGCUAUGGAGUUGGUCAACUGCCUUUGUGGCUACACAGAGGAGGAUGGACUGAUCAUCCAGUGCGACCUCUGCUUUUGCUGGCAGCAUGGCGCUUGUAACAACAUAGAACGGGAAGAGGAUGUGCCGGAGAAAUUCAUCUGCCAUGUUUGUGGAGAUCCUCCACGGGAGCGGAAGUCGAGAAAGUACUCUCAUGACCAAGACUGGCUUAAAAAAGGAAUUUUACCCAGGCUACCGGUAUUGAGGUUGAAUGAAAAGAACGAAAGAAGUUCAUUGGAAAAAGCUUUAAAGGAGACGCAAGACCUUGCGUCUGCUGCACUCAGUUUAUCAGAAGUCAUGCACGCUUUGAAAGUACAGUUAAAUAUUGCGCAAAAAAAAGAUCAUCCCAAAUUGUAUCUGUGGUCGAAGGAGUGGAAUGAUAUUAUCAAGGAUGAAGCCAAAGAUUCUGUUGAAAUCAAAGCGAACCCUGAACCAGCGACAAUAGAAGCUCAACAAAAUAAUUUUGUUCCUGUUGAGCCUCCAAAGUUGGAAAAUAAUUUGAUAGAGGUCCAUCCUGUUGUUCCGUUCGAGCCAAUCCCAGGCACGUCCGGAAGCCAAGGACCCCCUGUCGAUGACGUCGACCUUCACCCGGCGCUAAAGCUGCCACUCAGUGAGUUGGAAAUCGAGCACCUCGCCUCAACAAUGGCUGAAAGCAUUCCAGCUUCUGAACUCCCAAUUGAUAGCAGCAUGCGGUUGGCCAUCAAAGCUCCUGAGCCUGAGGCGCCGAUCCAGCCGGAAAAGUGUCGGGUGAUGUUGGUCAAGCACAUACAGCGUUUGCAAGACCAGCUCGAGGCGAGGAUCAACGAACUGGAGGAACGAAACCUCGGACUGGAGAGGCGAGCGCCGCAGAUCUACGGUAAGGAUGUUUCGGACGCACGUGUCAAGGAAACGCUGCGCAUGCUGCGACGGGACGUUGGUUCUGUGCACAAAAUCGGCACCUACACUAUGAAGGACAAACUCUAGCUAGAGGACUCUCGCUACUUGUGUACAUUAUUUGUUUCCUCGUCAGUGCGAGCGGCCUGUGCGAACGCGUCGCGUCGCGCCGCUGCUCCCUUGCGGAGAUUCCACAGUCACGUUGUUUUAUCCAGAUUGUUAAUUGAACACACAAGAUCUAUUUUAGCGUUCCCAUGUAAACGUUAAUUUUUAACUUGUUGCGUGCUCAUUUUAUAUAAAGCCAGAAAUACUACUUACUAGAAUUAAAUUCGACAGAAUGAAACUCGCGAAUGAGCUUAAAA